UCAUUCAGUACUUCACCGACUACGAUUGCGACGACGAUGACCGAUAAUCGUUUGGGUUAGUUCGCCAUCCCCCUAGAGAAGCAAAGCGAGGAAGAAAAAAAUCCUCACAAAGAAUCGCUCUAGAAUACCCCUUUUCUCCUUUCGCGAUAGUUCGCCGUCAGUGCACACGAUUCGUCGGUGGAUUUUCAUUUUUGUUGAGUGCAUUCGCGUUUUGGGAUGUUGAAGGAACAGAAAUUUUCAUCGAUAUAUCGAUAAACAUUAACCGACGAGAGCAGAGGGAGUGCGUUCGGUCGUGAUUGGCGUUGAAAAUUCUGCGUCUUUGAAAUCGAAAAUCGGAUUUGCCUUUUGGAUUAAUUUUAUAACAGAAGUUUAAAGGAAAUAUAAAUUUUGUCAAACGCCAAACAGAAGCGAGCAAACCAGUGAGCUUUGGAAAAUUCGAGUGUCAAUUUGUGUAGCUAGAGGCAACGGAAAGUCAAAUUAUCGAGCGUCCAAAUUUGUGUGGUGAUUCUCGGUGCCAUUUUUGUCUAUUUGUGGGUGAGAACUCGGUUGCGAAAUUUUCCUCCAACGACAGGGGUCUGAUCAGACAAAGCCUAAAUUCGAGGAAGGAGAAGAAAAUAUUUUCAUCAAGCUUUUUCCUCGACGAAGCUGCUGCCACCAGUUUUCCUACCCAGUAGCUUUCUUUGUGUGUGUGCGUGUUUUGUGUAUGAAAAUAAAUGUGAUUGCGUGUCACAAAACAAGUGAAUAUCUGUGAAUCAAUUUGGCAAUAGCAAUGGCGCAACUAAUCAAAUUUUCGCCUUAUGCUUGAAGCUACCAAAAGACGUAGCAAAUUUGAAAAAAGCUGCUAGUUUAUUUUACUGCCCAGUAAAUUGGUGUGAUACUCGAAUUAAAAUUCUUCAAUUAUAUCAAGUGCCAAUAGAAAAAUCCCGACAGGUGCAUCGAACCAAAAAAAAGUUACUUAAAACACGUGAUUAGAUUACCGCUGAUUGACAGCGCGACAAAUUCGGUAACCGAACCUUGUACAGAGAAUCAACGCAACUCGUAAACCCAUCCAAGAGAAGAGAAGAAAUAGAAAAAAAACGCAAGAAAAAACAACAUCAGUCAAGUGUUGGUUCUAUUUUGGUUCGAUUUCCACCAACAACCGACCACACACCAUCACUCAAUCAAUAUUGUGAAAGAAAACGUGCAAAUUUUCUUAAAUACACGACGGGUUUACAGUUCCCGGCAUCAUCUUUUAAAUCUUGACCAUUUGGAUACUUACAUACGUGUACGGAUUGUGGCAUAUUUUCGAAGAGCUUACCUGCUUGUUGCUGAAUAUUUUGCUGAGAAGGAGCAACUGAGGAUUAUAGAGGAAAAAAAAUCUUAAAACUUUUGAAUCAGUAGCAAAACAAGGCGGCUACCCGGCGAGGUUGAAAAAAGUGCUGAUCGUGACCGCCCCGCUAUGGUUUAAGGCCCCAUUCAAGAUCCUGCGGUUGUUCGUGCGCGAAAAGUUGCGGGAGCGGGUCUUCACCGUUUCGAUACCACAGCUGAGCCUGCACGUGCCCCGGGAUUCGCUGCCGGUCCGGUUAGGCGGUACGCUGGAAAUCGAUCAUUCCUCAUGGACGCACAGAUCAUUCAGUUUCUGGGUUUGGGACUGCGUCAUUUGCUGUGCAUGCCAAGUCUGAGGUUGCUUCAUUGCUACAAAUCGAUGACGAAUCGUGAGGACGAAAUUAUUGCCGGUGGUCAACAGCAGCCAUCCAACAACGGAACAAUGGGCAGCGGAGGAACCACCUCAGUUGCGACGGCCAUCUUGGAUCCACAUUUAACGAGUAGCGGCGGCGGCGGAACGUUGGCCGCAACUACGGAACUAUCGGAUUACGUCCCGGGAGGCCAUCGGCGGUCCCCGAGCAGCAACAUUGAUCAAAUUCCAGUCAUGGUCGACGAUAUUUCAGAACUGGCCAAUGCGGCCAGCGGUGGGCAUCAUCAUGUGCAUCAUCACCAUCACCACAACCACCAUCACAAUACCAGCAGCAGCGAGCUGUGGAAUGAAAACCCGCCAAGCAGCGCCUCGUCUGGCUUCAGCGACGACGACAGUCUGGCUGGGGCCGAAGGUGACCCAAAGACAAUAGAACAAAUUGUACAAAUGGUUCGGGAGCGCGGAAAAUCCGGGCUGCUGCGGGAAUACGCCGAAAUCAAGGCGCGAGCGCCGGACGGAACCUUUACCCAUGCAAAGCUUCGAAACAACCUAACGAAGAACCGGUACACGGAUGUGCUCUGCUACGACCACAGUCGGGUGAUACUGUCCCAGGAGGACGAGGACCCGACGUCCGACUACAUCAAUGCGAACUUUGUGGACGGCUACAAGCAGAAGAAUGCGUACAUCUCGACGCAGGGGCCGCUUCCGAAGACGACGUACGACUUCUGGCGGAUGGUUUGGGAGCAGCACUGUCUGGUGAUAGUAAUGACGACACGGGUAAUGGAACGGGGCCGGAUCAAGUGCGGCCAGUACUGGGAGCCGACCGAGGCCAGCCUGGCCGAGUACGGCUGCUACCAGGUGCGGACGAUGACGGUCGAAACGAACGAGGACUACACGGUGGCCGAGUUGGAACUGAAGAACACUAAGACUGAUGAGGUGCGGUGCGUGUCACACUGGCAGUUCACUAGCUGGCCGGAUUAUGGCGUUCCAACUUCUGCCCGUGCCAUGCUCAACUUCCUGCAACGGGUUCGGGAGAAGCAGGCCGAGAUGGUGAAAUCACUGGGUGAUCUGUGGGCCGGCCAUCCCCGGGGGCCCCCGAUGAUUGUGCACUGCAGUGCCGGUAUCGGCCGGACCGGAACGUUCAUCACCCUGGACAUUUGCAUAUCCCGGCUGGAGGACGUCGGCAGUGCCGACAUUCGUGGUACGGUUGAAAAGAUCCGAUCCCAGCGGGCCUACUCGAUUCAGAUGCCCGAUCAGUACGUGUUCUGCCAUCUGGCCCUGAUCGAGUAUGCCCUCUCGCGCUCGAUGUUGCAGUCGGCCGAUUUGUCCGGAUUCGACGAACGGGAUGAAGACUCAGAGUAAAGUGUGUUCGAAUGUUCUUUGGACAGUUUGUGUUAGAAUUGGCCCGAAGGUUUAUCUUCUAGUUCUCCUUCAUUUGGGGAGGCAAGCCACUCAACCGAGAACCGAUCGAUCAACAAUCAAAACCAAUUCACCUGGAAAAUAAAAUGACAUAUUUUUCCGGCCAGGGUCUUUUAUUUCCUUUUGGUUACGUGGAUUGGCCGAGAAUUUUCAUUCAAAGUGUUGAAAAAAAUUAGCAACUUUUAUCGUUAAGCGGUCUGAUUGGCUUAUUUGCUACAAUUGCUUGCUGUUUUGUGCAAAUAUAUGAGGAGACAACUUUCGGGACGUGUGAUCGAGCAUUGUGUAGGCAAACUAAGGCACGUAUUAAGGCAAACAUUUUAGACUACCUGUAGUGAGAGAUGGAAACUAUUUUUAAAUGAACAUAUAUUAUACAGAUAUUGUUUAAAUGUGGAAAAAGUAAUAAAUCAAACUAUUUUGUUUAUUGUUGGGAUCGACUUACUCCAAUGCCAAUCUGUAAUCAGCCACAUUGUAGUCUUAGUUUCAUUUUUCCUGCAUUGAAAACAACAUUUUUUAAACCACAAAGCAAAACAUUGUGUAGGCUAUCCUCGAAACUAUUCGUUCUCUCAAUUUUCAUGUAGAGAAGUUGUAUAUAUUAUGCACUUAAUUGAAUACAAAAAAUCUUAUUAGCGCCCUAACCAAUUAUAUAUUCCGCUAGUAAGCUGAGCUUAUCGUAACAGUAGCUCAAUUUAAGUUUUAGUUUUUGGAACUUUCAAUCAGAUAAGAAACAUCACACGAGCAUCGAAUUUUGAUCUUUUUACCAUUGCGCAAGUGCUCAGUGCAUUGAGAUAAUGCCGGUUGCAAAACAGUGUGUACAUUGAACUUUUUAAAUAAUGCUGAAUAUAAGUGUUUACUUUUAUUUCUGAUACAUAACAGAAAAUGUCGUUUUUACUGUGCCAGUCAACAGUCUGAUGGAUUCAGUUCUCAGCUCAUGGUAGAAAUGUAGACAAAUUUCACAUCAAACCCAUAGAUUUCAAUUUCAGUCUUUCAACACCGCGUUAAGCUAUCUGCAACUUUGCACUUAGUACCCUGAACAUUUGAGAUCAGCAUCAAAAGGUCAUAUUCAAAUGCGAACGUGUUAACGGAACAUAGUUUUUUUUUUAAAAUUAAAUUAGUCCAGAACAGUACAGAUAGACUUAUUUUACUAUUCUUUUUGGAAAAACCAUGGAUCGAUAGGGCAGUAGAAAAACAAAAGAAGUAAAUCUGCUAUGUCAACUGGCUUUAUUCAAACGAAAUGGCAAAUCAAAAAAACACAACAAA